GCAGUCUCCGAGCAGAAUCUAUGUAACUAUCCACAUUGAGUUGGAAGAACACUAACAAGAAAACAUCAAGGACUAACCACUUCACACAAUGGCGCCCCAUCCACGCAUCCAGUCCAGCGGGUCCCUGGACGCCUUCCACCCCGUGAUGGUAACCCCAGUUGUUGGCAAUGAAUUCCUCAAGGGAAGCUGCAACAUCGUCGACGAUAUCCUGAACAGUCCAGAGGCAGACCAGCGCAUCCGCGAUCUGGCCGUCAUGAUCGCCGAACGCGGCGUCGUCUUCUUCCGCGCCCAAGACAACCUCACCAAUGCCCUCCAGAAGCAGCUGAUCCUCCGCUUGGGCGAACUGACCACCCGCCCCGCCACCCACGGCCUGCACAUCCACCCCGUCACCAACGACGCCCGCGAAUUCGGCGACCCGGACCCCGAGAUCAGCACCAUCAACUCCGAGGGCCGCAAGAAACUGUACAAGGGAUCGGACUACACCAGCCAGGCGGCCGUCUGGCACAGCGACAUCGCGUUCGAGAAGGCGCCGGCCGACUUCUCGAGCCUGCGGCUCAUCCAGUUGCCCACCACCGGCGGGGAUACGCUGUGGGCGUCCGGGUAUGAGAUGUACGAUCGGUUGAGUAAGCCGUACCGGGCCUUUGUGGAGGGGCUCACGGUUACGCACGUUGGCGAGGGGUUCCGCAGAAUGGCGCAGGUGGGGGGGUUCAAGAUGUUUACCGGGGAACGAGGCGCGCCGGUCAAUGUGGGCGAUGAGUUGGUGGCGGUUCAUCCGGUUGGUCUUUCCUUUGCUUCGAAUAUCAACGAAUUGAGUCGCAAAGAGAGUGCGAACAUGCUCCAAUAUUUCAACGAUCUGAUCAUCCACGGGCAUGAUCUCCAAGUGCGGUUCAAAUGGAACGAGCCCAAUGAUAUUGCCAUCUGGGACAAUCGCAGUGUCUUCCACACCGCUACUGGCGACCACGAAGGCUUCGGGCCAAGGAGUGGGAACCGGGCCGUGGGGGUGGGUGAGGUUCCUUAUUUCGAUCCGGAAAGCAAGUCCAGGAGAGAAGAUCUGGGUAUUGAGGAUACCCUAUCCCCUGCGCACUGGUAGCAGUGGAAGUCCGGCAUAUGUGCUUCGACAUGUGGAAUGACCCUUUCAUGAUCCUGAUCGUAGUGAUAAUGAUAUGUAUGAAUUGUGCUUGAUUUCUCGACCAUUACUCGUUGCUAUCCUGCCAUUGAUGCCCACGGAAGGUCGGUCCAGAAAUCAUCCGUCAGCAUAUCGCCAAACGAGUGCAGGUUAUCUAGCAUCUCUUGUAAUCCGUGGC